AGGAAGCCAGCACUGGUCAAGUGACUCUAAGGAGGGCCAUUUUCCCUUGUUGUCUUUGAAAAUACUUCAUUUUCUUAGCAUUUCAGGAGAUUAUAACAUCCUGUAUUUCAGUUUCUGAGAGCUUUACUGACUGAUUUCCCUAUUCAAAACAAUCCUCAUUUCCUACAUUUCUGAAGAUCUCAAGAUCUGGACUACUGUUGAAGAAAUUCCCAGUAAGGCUCACUUAUAUCUUUAGAGAUGGCAAAUAACUACAAGAAAAUUGUUCUACUAAAGGGAUUAGAGGUCAUCAAUGAUUAUCAUUUUAGAAUUGUUAAGUCCUUACUGAGUAACGAUUUAAAACUUAAUCCAAAAAUGAAAGAAGAGUAUGACAAAAUUCAGAUUGCUGACCUGAUGGAGGAAAAGUUCCCAGGUGAUGCUGGUUUGGGCAAACUAAUAGAAUUCUUCAAAGAAAUACCAACACUAGGAGACCUUGCUGAAACUCUUAAAACAGAAAAGUUAAAAGUCAAAGGAAUAACCCCAUCUAAAAAGACGAAACAGAAAGAAGUGGAUCCUGCUACACCUGCAUCCACCCCAAGCAACCGUCUCACAGCUAAAGGAGCAGAGGAGACUCUUGGACCUCAGAAAAGAAAAAAACCAUCUGAAGAAGAGACGGGAGCCAAAAGGAGUAAGAUGUCUAAAGAGCAGACUCGGCCUUCCUGUUCUGCAGGAGCCGGCAUGUCCACAGCCAUGGGCCGUUCCCCACCUCCCCAGACCUCAUCAUCAGCUCCACCCAACACUUCCUCAACUGAGAGCGUAAAACCAUCGGCCAACCGUCAGGCAACUGCCAGUAAAAAUAUUUUCCGAGAAGACCCAGUGAUCGUGAUGGUACUAAAUGCAACAAAAAUAUUUAAAUAUGAAUCCUUAGAAAAUGAGCAAAGAAGAAUGUUUCAUGCUACAGUGGCUACGCAGACGCAGUUCUUUCAUGUGAAGGUUUUAAACAUCAAUUUGAAGGGGAAAUUCAUUAAAAAGAGAAUCAUCAUUAUAUCAAAUUAUUCUAAACAUAAUAGUCUCCUAGAGGUGAAUGAAGCCUCUUCUGUAUCUGAAGCUGGUCCUGACCAAACGUUUGAGGUUCCAAAGGAUAUCAUCAGAAGAGCAAAGAAAACUCCAAAGAUCAAUAUUCUUCACAAACAAACUUCAGGAUAUAUUGUAUAUGGAUUAUUUAUGCUACAUACGAAAAUUGUAAAUAGGAAGACGACAAUCUAUGAAAUUCAAGAUAAAACAGGAAGUAUGGCUGUAGUAGGAAAAGGAGAAUGCCACAAUAUCCCCUGUGAAAAAGGAGAUAAGCUUCGACUUUUCUGCUUUCGACUGAGAAAGAGGGAAAAUAUGUCAAAAUUGAUGUCAGAAAUGCAUAGUUUCAUCCAGAUACAGAAAAAUACAAACCAGAGAAGCCAUGACUCCAGGAGCAUGGCACUACCCCAGCAACAGAGUCAGCAUCCAAAACCUUCAGAGGCUGGCACAACCCUACCUGAAAGCCGUCUCAAGACUCCUCAGAUGCCACCAACAACCCCAUCCAGCAGUUCCUUCACCAAGAAGGAUGAAGCCCACGCAGGAGCACAGUCAUCGCCUACAAACUUUAGAAUCAUCUCACCAACUGUGGCCCCUCCUGUUUCUUCUGAUACUUCCACCAACCGCCAUCCAGAAGUUCCUUAAAUAAGGUCACCAAGGACAAGGAUAUCAAAUAAC